GAGGCUUUGGGGUUUUACAUCAGUCUUGGCAUUUCAGUUCCUUCGAGUUCCGUCAUCAGUUGUCGUUCCAGCGAUUUCGGAAGGAGAACAACAAGCGAUUGAAUCGAAUCGAAUCGAAGAAGAUGUGGUACUUGUGCGUGUUCUACCACAGAUUGUUGGACUACAGGAAAGCCGAGGUCGAAUCUCUCGCCCACCUUUUCGGAACUUUCGACGCCGACGACGACAAUUACUCCCUGGAAUGGAGGCUUCCCCAGCACCACCACUCAGAUUCCCCUUUCCACUUCGUCAAUCUCCCCUCCGAAGAUAUCGCUCGCAAAAUCGCCAACCGAAGUAUACUUGUGAAAGGAAUGUAUGAGCUUUGGGGAGAAGGCAGCAGCUACGAGGAAUUGGAAGAGGCUGUUAAGAGAUAUCCGGAGGAGCGGAAAUUGCCCUACUUGGAUUCUGGAAGCACUUUCAAGAUCAAUGUCGAUAGCUUUGGGAAGGUCCUCAGCUUUCAGGAACAAAAUCAACGCAUGCAGAGUCUCACUUACAUCCCUUUCAAGGGUCGAGUUGAUUUGAAAAAUCCGGAUCACAAGUUUUGGCUUAUGGAAACUGAUGAUUAUGGGUCUAAUAAUGGGCUUCCGCCAAUAGUUGAAAAAAGAAUCUUUUUUGGUCGGGAGAUUGGCGGUGCAGAUAGAAAACUCAUACCGACUUAUCAGUUAAAGAGCCGCACCUAUCUUGGGCCAACUGCCAUGGAUGCAGAAAUGGCUUUCUUAAUGGCCAAUCAAGCACUGGCGAUGCCAGGGAAGCUUGUGUAUGAUCCCUUUGUUGGCACCGGAAGCAUUAUUGUUGCUGCAGCUCAUUUUGGGGCAAUGACUAUGGGUGCAGACAUUGACAUCAGGGUCGUACGUGAUGGCCGUGGUCCUGACUGUAAUGUCUGGAGCAAUUUCAAACAGUAUGGAUUACCAAUGCCAAUUGCAUUGUUAAGGGCAGAUAACAAUCUUCCGCCUUGGCGUCCGGGGUUAAAAGAGGUAUUUGAUGCCAUAAUCUGUGACCCUCCUUAUGGAGUUCGUGCCGGGGGACGCAAAUCUGGUGGCCGGAAAUUGCUAAAGGGAGUUGUGAGCCCUUACGUUGUUCCCGAUGACAAGAGGAGAGACCACAUACCAUCAACUGCAGCUUACAGUUUAGUCGAGUGUGUGCACGAUCUGCUUGAUCUUGCUGCCCAGAUGCUUGUUAUGGGUGGCAGACUCGUAUUCUUCUUCCCUGUAUUGAGAGAAGAUUAUGUAGAGAACAAUUUCCCGGAGCACCAGUGUUUCAAACUGAUUUCUGCUUCCGAGCAGAUUCUCAGCUCACGGUACAGCCGAGUGUUACUGACCAUGGUUAAGAUUAGUCUGUACACCGAAGAAAUUGCAGAGACGGCUAGGCUAAAACAUAUAGAGUUCAAGGAGAAUCAUCUGAAGUGGUUAGAAGAUGGUAAUCUUCACUCUGCUGUUUUCAGUACGGCUGAUUCUAAUUCAAAUGCAGGUAGUGAAGGGAAAUUUAGUAAAGAUCCAAAGCCCAAAUACAGGGGAAAAUACGUAUAAGAUUGACUAGAGGCUGCUUCAUAUAUAGGCUUUAGCUUUGGUAACAUGCUUGAACAAUUAUAAUUCUGGGGAUGCGGUUUUUAGGACCAUUUAUUAUUGAUGUUUUUUUUGUUCUCAUUUUCGGAGAGAUAGACACAGAUAGCACUACCUCGAGGAUAAGUGAAAAGGCUGAAAGCUGAUUAUUUUGUUAGCGUAUUCUUUACUCGGAAAACUAAUAAUAUGA